CCGUAAGUAGCUAGAGUGUUCAAUCAGUUUUAGUGACCAUUUGAAUAAGAUUGUGAUAUUAUUUUUGCACUACACAGUGGUGACCCCCAUUGUGAGUCAAUGGUUGCAGGCUUUAAUUAAUACAGAUCUUAAUAUUAAUAACUGUUUAGUUGUGAAAGAGACUUUAUCAACAUGCAUGCUGUGAAUGGACUUCUGUUGAUAUCAGUGGGACUGUCUUAUGGAUUGGAGACCUCCUGUGAUGCCAGAAAGGAUGGAGCUCAGUGUUAUGGAGCUCUGGGAGGAACUGUCUGUCUCCAGUUGAUCAUCAACGCCAGUGGACAUGAGCUUGAAUUCAAGAACAACAUCACAGGGACAAACGUUUUCAAAUUAGAAAACGGCAAAGUCACAACAAACCCCCCUUUAAAACACAGAGCAGUGUUCUAUGUGGAAGAUGGGAUGUUGAUGCUCAGUAACACAGAGAAGGCUGAUUAUGGGAAAUAUGACUUAAACAUUUACAACUUAGAGGGGACGCUUCUGAACACAACACAAUUAGACCUACUCCUGGUUACUGAAGCCCCAGUGUCCCCUCCUCAGCUGUCCUCUGAGUGUCUGUCCCAUGGAGAGAUGAGGGUGACCUGCUCCUUUGAGGGGGACAGUCCCCAGUACAGCUGGACUCUGGACGGACAGACACUGAAUGGAAUGGAGGCUUUUCUCAGUGACAUGACAGACACCGUCAUUCUGAAGAAGGGUGUAGUGGGGACUCUCGCUUGUACAGUGAAAAACCAUAUCAGCAAUGUUACCAUCACUCAAGAAAUCUCCUUAUGUAGGCCUACUGAUGAUGAUGAAUAAGCAAAGAGUGCUUACUCAGGAUACACAAAAGAAGAGGUUUACUGUUCCAGAGGUUUAGAGGAAGAAGUGGAUGUCCUCAGAGAUGCUGUGAGGACAAAACCAAGCUGUGAGAUGUUGCUGACACAAUAUUGCUUUCUAUUGAAAAUGUAUCUUAUUGUUCUUUUAAUGUUUUCAAUGUUAUUUCAAAUGAGUAUAUACUGCUGUCAGUGACUGUAAUAACGUUAUAACAUUUGUGAGUAUAACCUUUUGCAAUAAAA